AUGUCCAUUACACUUAACAAUAUUACUUAUCCCGAGUGCCCACAACAACCUCCGCCGGUGUCUAUAGGCUAUGCGUAAGUUUUGCACGGUGCAGAGGGUUCAACUUUAAAGUGCCAUUUCUUUUCGCACACUAGAUGAAAAUUUUUGAAAUUUUGGAAAAUGAUAUGACCGCUUAUUCUCAGUAUAGUGCGCUUUUGAUUUUAAAAAAUUUUGAGUUAGGGCGUAUUAAACAGGGUUGUUCUAUUUUAGGUAUUGCACGGUGCAGGCAUCAGAAACUAAAAAUGUCAUAUCUUUUUGUAUACUGGACCGAAAUUUUUGAAAUUUUGAAAAAUUAAAGUAUUGCUCAUUUGACUAUAAUGUUUUUUUAAUUUUUUAAAAUUUUUGAUUUUGGUUGAUCAAAAUGAUUUUUUAAUUUUAGGGGCUUGCACGGUGCAGUCAUUAAAAUUUAAAAAAAUCAUAUAUUCUUUAAAUUUUUCUGAAUAUUCUUGAAAUUUGAAAAGUUUAUAAAAGUUGAGAUAUAAAACUAUAUUUUAAUAAAAUUUCUUCAAAAGUUCUCGGACUUUUUGCACUGUCCACUUUUAAAAUUUUAAUCAUUGCACUGUGCAGAUUAUUUAAAAAUAUGACAAAAAUUAAUAAAAAAAUUCUCAAAAUGAUUUAACUAAUAUAAAUUUUUAUGUAAAAUACGGUGGUCGCUAACUCGAGUUAUUUUCAGAAUAUUCAGUCAAUUUGUGAACGGGUUUCUCACCUCAAUAUGUGUAGCAGUUGGUACAGUCGGUAACUUUUAUUCGGUGCGCUCAGUGAAACUGUCAAAUUUUGAUAAGAAUUCGAACCGAGGAGUUACAUUGGCAUUUUCGAUUGUUACUCUAGCCAUAUGGGAUUCGAUUUUACUAUGGUUCGCCUUCUUUUACUACGGUUUUAAGAAUUUGGUACAUGCUGAAUAUCUUAGUUUUGUUAACAUAUUCACGCCUUAUAUGCAUGGAUGCUCACAGGUGGCUAAUACUGCUUCGGUAAGUGUUGGUUUAUCAUGGAUAAGGAUUAUUUUAUCAAGAGGAAGGUUAAAAAUGGCUGUUCUGAGAGAGAAAAAGCGUUAAUCAAUAGAUGGACAAAAUGUCAGAACUAAAUUUGAUGUUUUAUAACAGAAAAGGGGAGUGUGCUCCGUAUUUUACAUUAGGAUUGUUAUGUUUGUAUCAAAAAUGGCUACUUCAGUCAAAAAAGGGCUUUAGUCAAUAAAUAAACGAAGUGUCACAAUCGUCUGUGACAUUUCGUUUUAUUUAUUUUUUCUUUUAUUAUUUCUCGUUUUUAUCAAUUUCAAAGUCGAAAAAAAGGUAGAAAACCCAUUUUUCAAUCGUAUUUUAUAAUUUUUAUCAAAAUAUACUUUUUCUUCACUAAUUUAUAUUAUCCAUGCCACCAACCUAUACCUACAACAAUAUAAACCUCUAUUUUUCAGAUAUGGUGCGUCGUAGCGAUAACCGUUCAACGAUACAUGGCCACACGUGACCCAUUCAGGACGACACGAUGGCUACUACACAUAACAUCGGCUGAACUCAAAGAGUAUGCACCAAUACGAUCGUCGCUACGGUAG